UGGGUCCCAAUCGACAAAUUCACAAUUCUAUUCUCAUACGUCUCUGCUCCAUUUCAGCCUUGCUGGAUUCACUGUGAAGUGCUGAGCAGCUGAGCUAUCGAUCAUCUUCAUCAUCGGCGCAGCUGUGCGCAUUCUGUGUAGCCAUUGACAGCUAUAAUUGCAGAGAUGAGUUUCGCGAAGAGAGAGUACGAGUUCCUUAGGGAGGUCGGAAUUGGGCCUAAGAACCUCGGCUGUUAUGUCAAUGGCGUCUGGAAGGCGAGUGGUCCUACCGUCUACACUGUAAAUCCCGCCAACAAUCAGGCAAUAGCUGAGGUUGUUGAAGCUUCAAUCCGUGACUAUGAAGAGGGAAUGCGGGCUUGCUAUGAAGCAGCAAAGCUGUGGAUGCAGAUUCCUGCUCCAAAAAGAGGCGAGAUUGUUAGGCAGAUUGGUGAUGCACUCAGAGCUAAGGUCUAUCACCUUGGCCAUCUUGUUUCACUCGAGAUGGGCAAAAUACUACCUGAAGGAAUUGGGGAGGUUCAAGAAAUAAUUGAUAUGUGUGACUUUGCUGUUGGAUUGAGCCGACAACUAAAUGGAUCAGUCAUACCAUCUGAACGCCCUAACCAUAUGAUGUUGGAGAAAUGGAAUCCUCUCGGAGUAGUUGGUGUUAUUACAGCAUUCAACUUUCCAUGUGCAGUUCUAGGGUGGAAUGCAUGUAUUGCUCUAGUCUGUGGUAAUUCUGUUGUUUGGAAAGGUGCUCCAACGACACCAUUGGUUACUAUAGCGAUGACAAAAAUUGUGGCUGGGGUGUUGGAGAAAAAUAAUUUGCCAGGUGCAAUUUUCACCGCUUUUUGUGGUGGUGCUGACAUUGGUCAAGCCAUAGCCAUGGAUACACGAAUCCCUCUAGUGUCAUUCACUGGGAGCUCAAAGGUAGGCCUUUCAGUUCAACAAACAGUAAAUAAGAGGUUUGGUAAAUGCCUACUUGAACUAAGUGGAAAUAAUGCUAUAGUCGUCAUGGAUGAUGCUGAAAUUGAACUUGUGGUUCGCUCUGUUUUGUUCGCUGCUGUUGGAACAGCUGGUCAGCGCUGUACAACAUGUCGUAGACUGCUUCUUCAUGAGAAUAUAUAUCAGAAAGUACUUGAAAGGCUAGUAGAAGUAUACAAGCAAAUUAAAAUUGGGGAUCCCUUGGAGAAGGGUACCUUACUUGGACCACUGCAUACACAUGCUUCGAGGGAGAAUUUUGAGAAGGGAAUUCAGAAAAUCAAAUCUGAAGGAGGAAAGAUUCUUACAGGUGGUUCAGUAAUACCAUCUGAAGGAAACUUUGUGCAGCCAACAAUAGUUGAAAUAUCUGCUAGUGCUGAUAUUGUGAAGGAAGAGUUGUUUGCUCCCGUUCUUUAUGUCAUGAAAUUUCAGACUUUUAAGGAAGCAGUUGAAAUAAACAACUCUGUACCUCAAGGUUUGAGCAGCUCUAUCUUCACCAGAAAACCUGAACUUAUAUUCAAUUGGAUUGGUCCUCUUGGAAGUGAUUGCGGUAUUGUUAAUGUAAACAUACCAACAAAUGGAGCUGAGAUUGGUGGUGCUUUUGGUGGUGAAAAGGCUACAGGAGGUGGCCGUGAAGCUGGAAGUGAUUCCUGGAAGCAAUACAUGAGACGCUCAACUUGUACAAUAAACUAUGGAGCCGAAUUACCCUUAGCACAAGGAAUCAAUUUCUGCUAGUGAAAUUGCUGUUCGAUUUUUAGGCUCCUAUUCACUCUCAACAACAAAAGUUGACUGCCUUCAGUGCCUUGGUUGGUAAAUGAUCUGUUUUUGGAGAAAGGAAUCUUGUUGUCAUUCAUAAAAAGGUUAAAGCUAUUUACAGUUACUCUACAUCCUUUCCAACAGAAUUUGUAGCAUGCAAAUUGCCAUAGGAUGAAUACAGAAUUUGUACAUAUAACUUUUACUCAACCUCCUGAGAUUCUUGGGUGUGGACUGUGUAGGACAGUUAAAUGACCAUGCUUGUGGGAAGGGUCAAAAUGCUAAACCAAUAACUUUUAGUUUAGGUGGAAAGAACUUGAUUCUCUUUAAACAAAGUUCAAGUUCUAACCAUAUAAAUAGAGUGAAACAAUAAGCAUAUUGGGAGAGUCUCCUAAAUGGAGUCUAAUAGCACCUUAAUUUAAAUUAGUCAGAAUAUAAUGUGGUUAUCUUUGAA